AUGGCCUUACAAGAUGAAAAACGAUCCGGCUUUGUCACAGAAUUGAUACACCAUGUCCCUAUCGUGAAGGCUCAAGAGUCAGAGCAAACUCACAACAACAUCUACACAUCCAAGUCACUCGAGAGGAGAAUUGAAUUCGCAUGUGCUGAGGCAGGGGCAUUUGGACCGACUACUUUGACCGACAUAAAAGGGUUACAAGAGAAAAUAACCCUCGCUUUCAUUGACGAAAUUAUCACCAUAUUCCUUCGUGUAGCUGAGAUACAGAGCCGAUCACUCAAAUAA